CCGAUGCACACUCGCAUUCUUCAGGAGGGUGCCGACUAGAGUGCACUGCCGUUCGUCGACUUCAUACCUCCGACUCCGACGAUAUGCCGGCGAGGGAGCAAGGGACGGCGGCGAAGGUGCUGAAGCUGAGCAACGGGCACGAGAUGCCGGCCGUGGGGCUAGGCGUCUGGCGGAUGGACGCCCCCGCCAUCCGCGGCCUCAUCCACUCCGCCAUCCGCGCCGGCUACCGCCACUUCGACUGCGCCGCUAAAUAUCAAAACGAGGCUGAAGUUGGGGAUGCACUUGCGGAGGCAUUUGAAAUUGGGCUUAUCAAGAGGGAGGACCUAUUCAUCACAACCAAGGUUAUUGUUAAUUAUUGAUUUCUUGACGCAUGAUGAGCGCUUGUUCGUAAAAUGAUAUUUCAUAUCUGUAGAUGAGGUUUUGUACAGAGAAGGACAAAAUAACAUAGGAUUUUAAGAUAUCUAUGGUUAAGCCA